ACCGUCCGGCAUUCUCAGUCUGCCGAUUUUGCUUCUGGGGAAGAAGAAGACAACGACAAUGGCGACGUCGAAGUUCGAGUACCCAAGGCUUUCAAGACCAGAGAUAAUCACAACCUUAGCGCAAUUGCAGAUUGCCAACAUGAUUGAGCAAGACUUCAUCCACCCAAACCCUGACUUGAUCUUCGAACUCUAUACUCGCCUCCUCCUCCACCUCGACUUUCUUGAGGAAGAGAAUGAGCAGCUUGAUUUUGAAGCGGUGUCGAAUUUCGAUGAUCCUGAACUUCACAUGGAGUCCAUCCGCGCUAUAAAACUGCACUACAGGAUUAAGGAGGUGCUGGCCAUACUCGAGUGCCCUGGGAAGUUCACGUUCACGUUCGCUGAUCUCCUUUUGCCGGACACUCAGCGCACCGAGUUUUUCAUCGGCGCUAUUGUCAAUUUUGUUCUCUAUAGGGAAGGGAAAUUGGUUGAGAUAUCAAAAAUUGGAGACGAAGUCAGCGCUCUGGAGGAGCAGCGAAUAAAUUUGGAGGAGAAUGAGAUUCCUCAGGUGAAAUCAGAGAUUUCCAACUUAAAUGAAGCUAGGGAAAAAGAGAUGGCUGUUGUUCAGGAGGUUGAUGCAAAGGUUGCGGAACUUCGUAACACUAUCAUGACCCUUAAUAAAAAUCAGGUGUCACUGAGGACUACUUUAAAGAAGUCAAAGGACCAGGCAGAAGAAAUGGAUGCGAAGAUUUCUAAUGCUGAAUUUACACUGUCACAAAAUGCUCAAGAAAAUGAGAAUCUACGUUCAAAAAUUGCCCAAUCACCUGACAAAAUUCAGAGGGCUUUAGAAGAGAAGAAAUUAGCUCGAGAAGAGGCAAUGAAAGCUGAAAGGUUGGCAAUGCAAACUUUCCAUGAGAAGACUUCUCUCCUUGAAGUUUAUUCAAAGGUUGGCAAGAAAAUGUCAAAGCACCACAAGCAAAUGCUGGCUAUAAAGGAACAGGUAAAUUCUGCUAAAUCGGUUGAAAAGGAGCUUAAAGCUUUGAAAGCUAAACUUAGCGAUGAACAAGUAUUGGAGAAGUCCCUCGAGUCCAAAUUGGCUGAAAAACAAAGUAAAGUUUUGCAGAUGGAAGAAACGAAAAGGCAGGUAGAGAAAGAGUGCAUUAUUAUGCGGGAAAAAUCAACAAAAUACCUAAAUGGUACAACAUCCGAUGUGGAAUAUAAGAAACGUGAUAUUGAAACAAGACGGAGAAAUGUUGAGGCCGUGUUAGAAGAGGUGGAUGCUACAAAUGGUAAAAUAAAGUCAGUAAAGGAAUCUGGAGCUGCUAAAGUGGAACUGUUAGGUCACAAGUCUGAAGAGAUAAUCGAAGAGUUUCGAAAGUAUGCAAACUCGAUUGCACUUGUGGUUGAAUCUGGGCCAGAAGGCGUUGGUUUUGAUAUUUAACAUCGGAAGCAAUUUGCAAUACAUCCUUUACUUUUGCUAAAACACAACAGUGAAGCAUCUUUAUUUCAUUUUGUAUAUAUAUUUUUUAUGAAGAUAAUAUAGACCUGAAGUUUGUGAUCUUUGAUGAAAGGGCAGUAUGGACAAAUCAAACUAU